GCGCGUCAGAGUACAAGUAAAUGUACACAGUAAAUGUUGACCACUUGCCAGGCCGUAGAUGUUUUGAGUCAGACGCAGGGUAAAGUCCUUUCAAACCACCCACCCGAAGCUCGGCAGAGUGUCCUUCCUGGUUCAGUUGCUAAAGAGGUGCAUGAUGGUCCUGCGGGUGGCAGUGAUUGGAGCGGGCAGCUCGGGUUUGGUCUGUAUAAAGACCUGUGUUGAGGAGGGGCUAGAGCCUGUCUGCUUUGAGAGCAGUGAUGACCUCGGAGGACUGUGGAACUUCAGGGAGGCUGCACAGCCCGAGCAGCCCAGUAUCUACCGCUCGCUGGUGGUUAACACAUCCAAAGAAAUGAUGUGUUUCAGUGACUUCCCCAUGCCCGACCAUUAUCCCAACUACAUGCACCACUCCCUCCUUGUGCAGUACUUCAGACUGUAUGCACAGCACUUCAACCUGCUCAAAUACAUUCACUUCCAGACCACGGUGAAGCGAGUAGCGCAGAGAACAGACUUUUCUGUCAGCGGUCAGUGGGAUGUGAAGACAGUGAACCAGGACGGAGAGGAAGAUCACCAUGUUUUUGAUGCUGUGAUGGUGUGCACCGGAAAUUACAAUCACCCAUACCUGCCCAUGUCUGAGUUUACAGGCUCUGAGACCUUCACUGGUGAGCACUACCACAGCUGGGAAUACAAAGAUGCCGAGAGGUACAGAGGGAAGAGGGUUCUCGUGAUGGGCAUUGGAAAUUCAGGCGGUGACAUUGCUGUAGAGAUCAGCAGAUUUGCAGAAAAGACUUUUCUCAGCACACGUACAGGGGCCUGGGUGAUUGGGAGGAUGUCAAACAGUGGCCUUCCUUUAGACAUGACUGCUAUUAACAGGUUUUCCAGCACUCUAACAAGUCUGCUCCCCUCUCGUCUCAUCAACUGGAUCACAGAGAGAGCAUUGAACCAUAAAUAUGACCACAGGCUGUACCGGCUGUGGCCAGAGCACAGAGUUUUUGACAGAAGAGUAUUGAUUAAUGAUGAACUCCCUUACCGAAUCCUGCUUGGGGAAGUGGUGAUGAAGCCAAACAUUAAAGGAUUUAACAAGUCUAGAGUUGUAUUUGAAAAUGAUACAGAAGAGGAAAUUGACAUUGUGAUCUUUUGCACUGGGUAUAUUACAACGUUUGCCUUCUUGCCCCAGUCUCUGUCUCAGGGACCCAAAGGAGAGCUGACUUUGUACAAGAGAGUUUUUCCUCCGUCGUUGCAAAAACCUACAUUGGUGCUUAUGGGUGUUUUCAAAGCGAAAGGGCCCGCCAUGCCUGUGGUGGAGAUGCAAGCUCGCUGGGCUACAGCAGUUUUCAAAGGUUUGGAUCACCUUCCUUCCAAAGACAAAAUGUCAAGUGUUAUUGAAACAGAAAGAAAGAUAAGCAUGAAAAGGUUUCCAUGCCCACUUCAGGCUGCUGAACAGGUGGACUAUAUCCCUUAUCUGGAUUUUUUGGCUAAGAAGGUAGGGGUAAAACCUGACUUCUUGGGCCUACUUCUAAGAGACCCUGUGCUGUGGGUGAAGGUCUUCUUUGGUCCCUGCACACCAUACCAGUUUCGCCUGAGUGGUCCAGGACAAUGGUCGGGGGCGCGCCAGGCUAUCCUCUCACAGUGGGGCCGCGUGGAACAACCCUUUAACACCAGAGAGAUCCCAGAGCCAGACAGAAGGGCCUCCACAUGGUCAUCAGUCUGGCUAUUAGCAUUGGGAGGGAGUGUGUUUAUGGCUGCUUUUGUGCGUAACAAUAUUAAAGGCAAUACCUUGCCAUGGUUUAAAUUUUAAUAGUUUAGAUAGUUUAGCUUCCAUAUACAUGAAACUAUGGCCCUGGUUAUAAACAAAUGUAGAGAUGUAAUAAAAUGGCUUGCCUAUUCUCUUGCAAUGUUCUGUGUUUUU